AUGGAGGGCGCGGCGCAGCUUGUAUCCAUUGUCGGGCAGCUGGUGGGCGGGGAGUACCGGCAACUCCGCGACGUCGGCGGCCAGGUGGCUGAGCUCAGCGACGAGCUGGCCACCAUGAACGCCAUCCUCCGCAUGCACUCCGAUGCCGAGGAGGGCGCCGCUGACCACUUCAUCCGGGAGUGGGUGAGGCAGGUCAGCGAGCUCGCCUACGACGCGGAGGACUGCGUUCACCUCUACAUCUUCCGCAUCCGGUGCCGGCCGAGAGACCGCUUUCACGUCUGGUCCAAACGCAUGGUGGCGACGCUCUUCCCGCGCCGUCGACUGGCUCGCGAGAUCCGGGCGCUCCAGGCUCGUGCGGUUGUUAUCAGCGAGCGCCAUGCGCGUUACGGCGUCAGCCGACCACCUCCUUCAUCAGUCCAUGUACGGCCGGUGGCGACAUCGGCGCAUGCGCUCCGUCCUGGCAACAAUCCCCAUCAGUUCGUUGGCAUCAAGGAGCAGGCUGAAAUCCUCACCAAUGAUCUCAAGAUGGUGACUGACGAGGAGCUCCAGGUUUUCUCCAUCGUGGGGUUCGGAGGGCUUGGAAAGACUACGCUGGCCAUGGAGAUGUGCCGGCAGCUAGAGCCAGAUUUCCAGCGCCAAGCGCAGGUGUCCGUGUCUGAGGCGUUCAACGGCGGUGAAGAUCUGAAGGGAUUGCUGAAGCGCGUGCUUCAACAGAUCGUCAAGCCCAAAAAUGCUACUGAGGAAGGCAUCAAGGUCAAGGAAGAAGAUCCCUUGGUUAACAUUGAAAAAAUGGAUCUAGAUGGUCUAGCCAAGAAGCUGAAGGAUCUUCUUACGAACAUGAGGUACGUAUAA